GUAUAAGGGACAAUUGAGCCUUACACAUACCGCGACUCAGCAUGGCGCAUAUCAGUGGUGGCAUGGUGGUCAUGUAAUGUGAGAUCGAGGGCUCCGUAUCGAGAAGCCUAAGAAUUAAGAAAUACUACCUACCUUAGGUACCUAUCUUAUAUAUAUCAUUAGGUACUUUGAGGAGACAUAUCUUGCUAUACAUCUUGCUAUACAUCUUCUAUGCAUCUUCUAUACACAUACCUAUAGUCGCGUUAUUAUACCUUCAAAAUGUCUCUUAACAAUUGCUUCGUUAAUCAAGUUGUCGCUCCUAUUGAGCUCAUAGAAAUAUCGCCUCCGAAUCAAUCCGACGAAGGGCGAUCUUCACGGCGAAUAUCCACGGCGCAGGCAAUUGAGGAUUGCCUGAACCAUAGUAAUCCAAGCGAUUACUCGCAUCGCCACUUGUCUAUAUGCCAACGGACGUCGUGGAGUUCUUUGCAGGUUACUAGGGAAUUGCUCGAGCUUUUCGUUUCGAAACACGGUAUAAGCGACUCGUUCUGGGACCUGCCGUCAUGCUUCUAUCACCGGAAUGACGAUGUAGAAAUAAACUUUGGUCUUCCAGUUACCGUAAACAGGACAGACUCUUCAAUUGAGAUUUACUAUACAAUUCGCUAUCCCGAGCUGAAGCCCAACGGAGGGAAUUGGGCUAUUCGUCAAAGCGGCCUCUAUUACCGAUUCGACUCAUCAACCAGCCAGAUUAUAUCGGUAUUGUUCAGCCCAACGCCGAAUUCGGCAGCCCAUCAGAAGAUGGAGGCUUUCUUGCUUGGCUUAAGCUCCGGCUCGAAAAGCUCUCCAAAUCCGUGGCGUAUCCAUGAAAUACUCUUCACCACAUAUUUUCCCGCGUGGAGAGAGUACCUCGCCUUCUUAGAGCGGAAGUUGCUUCCAGAGACGAGUACUACUUUUGCCACGUUCAUCGACGAGCCUCUGCGCGUAGGCUAUGACAACCUUAGUUCUUUAGCAAGCCUUGAUAGCAAAUUCCUCCAAGUGCAUACCCUAAUGUCUCACAUUGAAGAUGUGCUAAAGGAGCUUUCCUCACUAUUCGCUCAAGAGGACUUAAGUAUAGCAUCAGGGACGAUAAAUACACUCGACAACCAUCGUCGACGAUCUGUGGCUCAUUGCCGCGUUGCGAACCUCUUACAGCAGCGAGCGCAGACCACCGCACAGCUGCUAGCUAACACUCUAUCAUUCCGGGAUCAGAUGCUGGCCAAGCAGCAGAACGGUAACAUGCUGCAACUGAACAAAUCAGCUGUUUUCCUCACCACGCUGACGCUGCUGUACCUCCCGGCUUCCUUCGUGGCAACUUUCUUCGGUAUGAACUUCUUUGACUUAGAUUCGAACUCGAAACGAAUCGUCGGCACUCCGAUGGUAUGGAUCUACAUAGUAUGUUCCAUCUUGUUAACGGUUGUUACGUUCUUGGCAUACUACUGGGUACUGCAUCACGACGAUGUUGUUGUCCAUAGAAUGUCGCCAAAAGUCAAUGUUGGGGAUUGGAGAGCGUUGGCGCGGCGGGCUCUGACGAUGAAAGGGUUCCCUACAAAGGUCGAAAAUAUAUCGGUAUAAGCAUUUAAUCGCCUUUUUCAGUGGGCAGAGCGUUUUACGACUUAAUUCUAUAUCAUUCUUAGCAUUCCUAUCUGUUUUAUUACGCACGGUAUAGCCAUGACAUUCUCGGUAGUGGGGUAGGGACAUGAAGCAC